AGAUAGAGCGGCAAAAAAGGAGGACACCAGGGACGUUGAUUUCGCUUCACUCGUGGCCUUGCUGCGAAGAUGAAGAGAGUGGCGGCGCUGUUUCUACUGCUGUGGGUCAACUUUGAAGCAUACUCCGGAAGCGUGGCCUCAGUUGUACAUCUAACCAAUGGCGCACGCUCAAGACUAUACAGGAGGGAAGUUUACGACAGCCCCACCAGCACGUUACAGAUCUCUGGUCUUGAGGCGACGGUUCACGGUGGCAAUCGAGCAACUGUCAAGUGGGAGAAUGCGACGGGCCCCGUCACUGGCUACAAUAUGACAGUUUGCCUUGUGACGGAUUCGCCCAGAUGCGAGUCAGUGAAAAGUCAAAAGACAAACUAUGUACUUCAUCACCUGGCGUCUGGUACAACCUACCAGGUCGACGUCCACGCAUACGUCGAAGAAGGUGGCGACACCACGAAGGGCCGAAGCGAAAGAAUCUUUUUCACGACAACGAAACUCCCAACCGUGGAGCAGCUGGAAGCUACACCGCUGGGAUCCACAUCAGUUGAACUCAAAUGGUUACCCAGUCAAGAUGCCGUAUCGCACUUUGACAUCGACGCCUGCCCCUCGGACGGAGGGGCCUGCGUUCACGCUUACACACCCAAUGUGACCCACAUCUUAGAAGGCCUGACGCCGGACACGACCUACAAGAUAGAAGUCCGUAGCGCCGUGGAAGAAGAAAAGGAGCUAUCAUUUGGUCCUGCGUCUGCUGUCUCCGCUACUACAACUCUGCUACCUGCCAUUACUGACGUCGUUGUCAGGGCGACUUGCGACAGUUUCAUCGUCGCAUCAUGGAACUACUCUGUCGAAGGCAUCACUGGCUUCCUGCUGAACCUGUGCGCAGAAGGCCAGAGCUGCAUAACGCGGUCGGUCGACAAAGACGACCGGGAGCACACGUUUAGAGUGGACGCCAUACUUCGUUCAUACACGCUGUCUAUAGAGGCGUACCUGUGGAAAGGGAACGCCAAACGCUCAAGCCCUGCCGUCAAUGAGUCGGUCACUUCAUUUCCCGAAGUUCCCAGGCUGGAUAGAUUCGAAGUCGAGGCAAUCUCGCCCAGCCAAAUCAGGGCCAAGUGGUCGAACAGCUUCGACGUUGAUGUCCGUAUACAAGUCUGUGUGGCUCAGUCGGCAAGGAAGAACUGCGUUAACUACGCAGCGCACGGCACACAGCUGGGUUACACUGUCAGUGGACUGUCACCCAGUACCAAGUACACCGUAGAAGCGAGCACAGCCAUCACUCUUGGCGUAGACACGUGCCUUGGGCUUGGCUCUACGAGAGAAGUGACCACGCUUACAGAAGCUCUAUGUAGGUAUGACGACGAGCUGAAGCAAACAAUCAGGGAGAUCUCCGACAACGUGAGAGCGUUGGCUCGACGGCGAAACAGGGCGGGCGCGAAUAGGAAAGACGACGCCAUUGGCGCGAAAUGCGAACUCAUAGAGGCCAAGUUGAGGACGUUGCCAGAGAAGGACCUGAACGACUGCUUCGAUGACAUUGACAACCUCAUAGAGACCUACAAGAGAAAAACAGCCGACCUCAGCUCACAAUAGACUUGAUUUCAUCGCAUCUCCACAACCGUUUUUUUUUCUCUAUUAUGUAUGUCAUAAACGCUUGUUUUA